AUGGACGUCCUGCUCUUUCGCACGCCGUCCGAGUCGGAUCCGUACGAUGCUGCCUUUAAGACGGCGGGAUACCGCCCGCGAUCAGUGCAGGCGCUCGACGACGUCCUGCUGCCUGAAGGGCUGGCGCCAAUUCUCGCUGCAGGAGGAGGGAGGUGGGAGGCGGCCCUGAUCACAUCACGGCGGGCUGCAGAGGCGUGGUGUCUAGCAGUCGAGGACGCACAGCGUUAUCCGUCAAAUACCUUCGAAUCCUGGUCGUCGGUACCUUUCUACGCACCAGGGGGAGCUGUCGCUUCCGUGUUUGACUCGCACUCCCUCGAUUCGACUUGGAGACCAACGGAAGGAGGGACAGCUGUUAAUGCGGCGGGUCUUGCACCGAUCAUCCUGAAUGCCGAGCCGCGGCUUGAAGGACAUGGCCCCUACCUUGUGCUCACGGGCGACAAGACGCUUCCCCUCCUGUCUGACGCCUUGACGGGUGCUGGUCGCCGGCUGACGAGGGUGCAGGUGUAUGAGACCGCAUGUGCUGCGUCUCUCCCGUCGUCUCUUGGCGAGGUGUCGGAGGGCUGGGCUGCGUUCUUCUCGCCGAGCAGUGCCGCGUGCGUUCUGCCUGUGCUGGAGGGCAAGUGUCAGCUGCCGUGGGACUUGAGCGUCGUUGCGAAGCCGCGUGGAACCGGGCCCAGGAUCAAGAUUGCUGCCAUUGGAAGGACGACGGAGGGGUAUCUUCGCGAACAGGGGCUGCGGGUCGAAGCCGUUGCCGAGACACCGGACCCGGAAGGAUUGCUGAAAGCGAUUCAGGCCGCGGAUGCAAGACAGAGACAGCUGUAG